AGCAACAUGAAGAGCUACUACAAGCUGUGCGUUCUUAUCGCUUUGGUGGUUUCUGGUUACACCAGCCCAAUAGCGCCACCUGCUGAUAAAAACAGAGAGAGCAUUGCGGCGAAUUACCUGACUCAGUUAUAUGGCCUGCCAAAGCAGACCACUUCUGACGCUGAAAAACGCUCCAGUGCCAUGAGUCUGAGGUUGAAAGAGAUGCAGCAGUUCUUUAGACUCAAGGUAACAGGGAAGCUGGAUGAGGAGACGCUGGAUGUGAUGAAGAAGCCACGCUGCGGGGUUCCAGACGUUGCGGCGUACUCCACUUUUCAAGGGGACUACAAGUGGAAAAAACACGAUCUGACCUACAGGAUUGAGAACUACACCCCUGACAUGUCUGUAGCAGAGGUGGAUGAUUCCAUCAAAAGGGCCCUGCAAGUGUGGGCGGAUGUCACUCCUCUGAGAUUCACCCGAAUCUACAGCGGCACAGCUGACAUCAUGAUCUCCUUUGCUGUUGGAGAUCAUCGGGAUGGAUACCCCUUUGACGGGCCAAAUGGUUUUCUGGCUCACGCUUUCCCUCCAUAUGAAGGCAUCGGUGGUGAUGCCCAUUUUGACGAUGACGAGAAGUUCUUCUACAGAUCUCCUCAAGGUUACAAUUUGUUUCUGGUGGCUGCCCAUGAGUUCGGACACUCUCUAGGGCUCGAACAUUCCCGGGAUCCGGGUGCACUGAUGUAUCCCACCUACGUUUACAGAGACAUCGAUACCUUUGUCCUCCCUAAAGAUGAUGUCGAUGGAAUCCAGUCUCUUUAUGGCCCAAACCCUGAUGUAACAGGUCCAAAACCCACACCACCAGUUACCCCAAACAAAUGCGAUCCCAAACUGGUCCUGGAUGCUGUCACCAUGCUCCGCGGAGAGAUCAUGUUCUUCAAGGGCAGCUUCUUCUGGCGCAGUUAUCCUCUGAGUGCAACCGUUGAACAACAUCUCAUCACAAGCUUCUGGCCUGAGAUUCCAGAUCAUAUCGAUGCAGCAUUCGAGAGUCCAUUGGAAGACAAAGUCUUCAUUAUCAAAGGUGAGAAGGUGUGGGCUCUCUAUGGCUAUGAUAUUGCACAGGGAUAUCCCAAGAGUCUUAGCAUGUUCCAUUUGCCAAGAAAAGUGCAGAAAGUCGACGCAGUCCUCUACGAUGAGACCAGCUACAAAAUCCUGUUUUUCGUUAACAACCAGAUUUAUAGUUAUAAUGAGGAACAACGCAGAGUCGAGAAAGGUUAUCCUAAAGCGGUGGAAGACGUUUUCCCUGGAAUGACAGGGAAGGUGACCGCAGCCUUCCAGUAUAAAGGUUUCAACUAUCUCUUCAGUGGAUCAAAGAUGUUUGAGUUUGGCGCCUACAACAACAAGCUGCUCCGUGUUCUCAACAACAAUUAUUUCCUGCCCUGUUAGUCAGUUAAAGUUGAGUUUUUCUUUAAAGCUCAGCAAUAUUCUGCCUGCAUGAAGGAGAAUCUGAACCGUCAGUAUUUUAAAGUAAAUUAUUAAGUAACUUUCUAACUUAUUUUACAGAAAAGUAGGUAGUUUAAUAUCAUUUUUAAUGUAUUAUGUGC